GCUAACUUUCUUGAUCAGCUGUUCAAUGGUUAUUUUCUGGUCAUACUAACUGGAAUUACUUAACUUAACAUGCUGCAAGGAAUGCUUAAGAGGACCUGCCUGGCGGUUGCCAACACCGCCCAAACGCUAAUUUCCCGGGACAAGCACGCCUUCAAUCGGGCGCUGCUGAAACCGAAAGUCCGCUGCCAUUUCCCCAAACCCAUGGAGGUGAAGAGAAUCAAUGUCCACGGCUGGGAAGCGAGGAUGUCCACGCCCGAGGGACGUCGCGUGCUGAUGAACAGGAUCCUCAGGGGCCGCCACAACAUAUCCCACUAGCCCUUCGUUAAUAAACCUCACUUUAUUUACAAA